AUGGAAGAGAUAGAAUGUUCACUCAUGGAUAUGGAGAACGCUCUUUCGGCAUUCCAGAAGCACAUCAGCGCCUAUAAGUCUAACCCAACAACUGCAUCAGCCAAAGCAUCACUCGCGUCUGCGGACACAGCUCUCUCCAAAGCCAAGAGCUUCCAGACACAAGUUGACAGCUUGCUCAAGGGAGUCACUGGCCUGGAAGCCCGUAGAGCACAGCAACAGUUUAAGCUUCUUCAAACAAAAAUAGCAAAUGCCUCACAAGAACUCGAGCAAGCAAAGCGCCGUGCAGACGCUAAAAAGGUAUCCAGCAAGGCGAGCACAGUUGAUGACCUCCUAACCAUCGCUGCACAAAAGAAGCAAGAGAAUGUCAAUCUUCUAGAAGAUGCAAAUAGAAACUGCGAUGAGGCAGGUACCAUCGGAAAUGCAAUAGUUGAAGACUUGGGAAGACAGAAUGAACAGCUGCGAGGAAUAAGCAGCAGGGCAACAAAGAUCCAAGCCAAUGCGAGGGGCGGAGCGGAGAUCACAAAUAGAAUGAUCAAGUGUGAGAGAAUAAUUAAGAUUGUUCUUUGGUCUGCAUCUGUUCUCUUCCUCGGCUUAUCUGCUUUAGGGUUCUAUGUAUACCACCACAAUGUUCCUCACAACAAUCCAGAGCCGGCUCCAGAGCCCUCAGAGAUCAGAUAUUGA